AUGUCAACAUUUAGUCCGCCCCGCGCACGAACAUCCAGAAGCUGCGGCAAUUGCCGAGUUGUGAAGCGAAGAUGCGACAAGCAGGUUCCCCAGUGUGGUCAAUGCGUUCGCACGCGCGAAACUUGCUCUGGGUACCGUGAUGAAUGGGAAUUGGUUUUUCGUGACCAGACAAGCGACACAGUCAAACGUUCCAGGCAGGUUUCAGAGAAGAAGCGUUUGAAGAUUAAUGGAGCCGCAACCGAGAUUAACGCUUUGACCAUACCGACCCCCGGCCCGAGUACCAAUCUUGGCGAUCUAGGCGUAAACUAUUUCCUCCAAGACUUUGUUGUGGGUGGUAAAUACCCUUCACGUGGCUUUCUGAACUAUAUCCCCACUGCUUACUCUGCCGAUGCUGAGCACCCGACUCUCCUGGCCAGUAUGGCGGCGGUGGGUCUUGUCGCGUUAGCAGCUUGUCGGCCUGAGCUUGUUUGCCAGGCACGUGCCAAAUACUCUGAGGCGAUCCAGCAUGUCAAUGAUGCAUUGUCAUCCCCUGUCGAGUCACUCAAAGAUAGCACCUUGAUGUCAGUGAUUUCGCUUGGAGUCUUCGAGCAUGUCUCAAAUUUUGAGUCGUGGGUUCGGCAUGUCAAGGGGGCUGCAACACUGGUAGUUGCUCGAGGUAAAUCUCAAUUUGCCCGUAGGAAUGCCAUCUUGAUGUUCAACCAGGUGCGCGCAGAUUUGACGGCUGCCUGUAUACAUAGCGUUCAGCCUUUUCCAAAUGAUAUCCGCGAGCUACAGGAAGAGGCUGCCAAAUAUAUCGACCCUUCGGAUGCAUUCUGGGCACUCGGGGUACUUGCCACCCGGUGUGCGACUGUCUUUGCGCUGGCCGCAAGGAAAAAUAAUGGCAUCCAUUGCGCUCAGUCUUGGCCUGACUUUCUAAAAGCAUCUAUUGCGAUUGAGGACGACUUCGAAUAUGUUCUUGAUAUCCUCGCUAAGCAGGAGUCGUACAAGAUCAUCCAGGAAUCGUGUGAGAGCGCGAGAUUCAUUUCAUAUAAUGGUCGAUACCACCUAUACAAGACAUCUUGGGCGAUAAGGCUUUGGAAUAACUCGAGAAUGGUUGAGAUCAUCGUUUGCGAGAUUAUAUGCUGGCUCAUUUCCAAAGUUCUUGAAAACGAUUCGCCUUAUUCUGAUGGGUCUCAGCUGAAUCUCGAAAAAAAGCGACACGGGGCGAUUGAGAUCAUGUCAAGACGAGGGAUGGAAAUAUUGGCCAGUGUUCCGCAAGGUUUAGGGCUUGUGUCUCUACCCAAUGCCAAUAAACCCCAAGAGCCGACUGUGUCGGGCGGGUACCUGCUAAUAUGGAACCUUUACACGGUCGGAAAGUCUCCUGCUAUCAACUAUCAGAACCGCCGAUGGGUCGUCAAACAACUUAAGGGUAUCAGUGAAAGUGCAGGCAUUACAAUGGCGCUCCAGCUUGCCGAGGACAUUGUCAAAAUUGAUCAGGAGGAAAGAAUAGAUUAA